AUGAAGGCCACUGCGCUUAUGAAGCUCAUAUACCUCGAAAUGUUCGGCCACGAUAUGUCAUGGGCAUCCUUCCAUGUCCUCGAAGUCAUGUCCUCCCCUAAAUACUUGCAAAAACGAGUCGGAUAUCUUGGGGCGGUUCAGAGUUUCAGACAGGACACAGAAGUCCUCAUGCUGGCAACAAACUUGCUGAAGAAAGACUUAACCUCGACUUCUGCGAUCACCAUGUCCCUCCCUAUCGUGACACUUCCGCACGUCAUUACACCCUCGUUGGCGCUCUCGGUUCUUUCGGAUCUGCUCCCAAGACUCACGCAUUCGAACCCGGCUAUACGAAAGAAGACUAUUGUGACACUAUACAGGCUCGCCCUAGUCUACCCCGAAACGCUGAGACCUGCCUGGCCAAAGAUUAAAGACCGGUUGAUGGAUGAAGGCGAGGAUCCAAGUGUGACGGCUGCAAUUGUCAAUGUAGUCUGCGAACUAGGUUGGCGAAGACCCCACGACUUCCUACCUCUUGCGCCGAGACUAUUCGAACUUCUAGUGGACGGCGGUAAUAAUUGGAUGGCUAUCAAACUGAUCAAACUUUUUGCUACACUGACUCCUUUGGAGCCCCGAUUGGUCAAGAAGCUACUACCUCCGCUAACUUCUAUUAUUCGGACGACUCCUGCCAUGUCACUAUUGUAUGAGUGUAUAAACGGCAUCAUUCAAGGCGGUAUUUUGGGUAAUGGUGACGAUUCUGCUGCUGGCGAGGAGAUUGCGACUCUUUGUGUUGGUAAACUUCGUGGAAUGAUAAUGGUGGAGGGGGAUCCGAAUCUGAAAUAUGUGGCUCUGCUUGCAUUCAACAAAAUCGUCCUAACCCACCCAUAUCUUGUUGCGGAGCAGGAGGAUGUAAUCAUGGACUGUAUAGACAACCCUGACAUAUCCAUCCGUCUACGAGCUUUAGACCUAGUUGUGGGUAUGGUCAGCAGCGAGAAUCUGAUGUCUAUCGUGGGCCGUCUAAUGCGACAACUACGCAACUCUCGUUCGCCAACGACUGACGAACGCGGACAACGGCCGGCAGUAGGGGCCAUCGAGCCUGCCGCGGAUUCCGACGACGAAGCCCCUGAAAUCGCUAUCAGACCUAGUAGGGAGCCAUCAUCUGAGCCACCCCUUCCUGACGAAUAUAAGAUUGAUGUCAUCAGCCGAGUACUUGAGAUGUGCUCUAGCAACAAUUAUGGAAAUCUUGUAGAUUUCGAUUGGUAUAUCGACAUAUUGAUACAGUUAGUCCGGGAGGCGCCUGUUGUGCGGCCGGUGACCAUGUUAGACGACUCAGACUCGAGAUCCAGAGAUGAGCCUGCCUUGGACGUUUCCGGAAGAAUCGGAGAUGAAUUACGGAGCGUGGCCGUUAAGGUCAGAGCUAUCCGGUUACAGGCUACGAGGGCUGCGGAGGCGAUUUUGAUUUCCGCAUACAAUGAUAACUCAUCGCCACUUACUCCAGCCAGUGGGGCAUUGCGCCCGAUUGCAUGGAUUGUUGGAGAAUAUGCGUCAAAUCUCGAGACUCCUGACGGCACAUUGACAGCCCUCCUCCAUAUCACGAGGAGUUCGGCCCCUCCAGAGGCACUCAUUAUUUUCCUGCAAGCAAUACCGAAGACGUUCGCCUUUAUAGCUGGUGACGAUCAGGUUAUAUGGACGCCAGAAAGGAAGACUAUGGUGUCACUUCUCAUGGCUCGCAUAAUCCAUGUGCUUGAACCACUGGCUAUACAUCCAGAUUUGGAGGUCCAAGAAAGAGCUGUUGAGAUUACAGAACUUCUAAGACUAGCCGCCGAAGCGGCGUCUGGACAGGAGCCAUCUUCAGAUGAGAUACAACAAGAUGCACCCUUAUUGCUUACACAGGCCAUUCCAUCACUGUUUUCCGGACUGGAGUUAAAUUCCGUUGCUGUUGGUGCACAAAGGAACGUUCCUGUGCCAUCUGAUUUGGAUUUGGACGAACUGAUCAAUCCAAAUCUAACCAAUUUACUGCGUACUGUGGACAUGACAGCCUUAGAUGAGCCAGAUGAAGACGGCUUUGAGACUUACUAUCACCAACCACCAGCAGCAGCAGCACCCACCGCAGGUGAACCUGCCAUUAACCGUCUUGGCGGUGCCUCUGAAGAUGCUGUCCAUUCAUAUCAGCAAGGGGGUGAGGAGAGCUAUCUAGACCCGGACAUUCUUGCUCGGCGGCGUGCAGAGCGGCUGGAGAGGAAUAAAGACGAUCCGUUCUACAUUGCUCCGACAGAUGCAGUCUCUAGAUCGUCAACACCCCUUCAUAACAUCCUCCAAAGCAACAAUGGCCCGGAUUUCGACGUGGAUGAAAUACCAGUCAUGCAACUAGAGCUCGACAGGACAAAUACACCAGUGACAGGACAAUCCUCACCCAAAAAGCCAAUUAUCCCAAAAUCUCGCCAGCGGAUUCAGGUGGCCGCGGACGAGACUUUAGUGAGUGGAAGCUCGUCUCCUGGAAAUUACGAUUCGGAAAGCAACCUCGAUGCUCCUCAGAGGCCAAAACUCAAAGGAAAAUCACUUCUCCAAGUAGAUUCCAGUCAUAUUGGUACAAUCUCCCUUGAGGAAGGCGACCAUGCCGCUUCCGCCUUGGAUUUUGAGCGUCAACAGAGGGAAGAAGCGGAAAUGGCAAAGGCUAUGAAGGAGGUGGAGAGGCUACGGUUAGAGAUGCAGCGAGCGAAUGAGAGGAUACAAGCAGCUCAGGGGGUAUCGACUGAAACCGUGGUCAAGAAGAAGAAGAAGAAGUCUAAACCUGUGGAAGCUGAGGCUGGCAAGGUGCCGACAAAGAAGAAGAAAUCGAAGCAGGUAGCCACUGACGAAGGGCAAGGUGAGCCUUCCAUUUCGGCGGAUGUCGUGAAACCAAAAAAGAAGAAGAAGAAACCUAAGCCGGAGGAGGGGGGUUCUGAGCAUCAGGAAUCUCUUGUUAGCGGGGAGAAUGGAGCAUAG